AUGAUGCAGAUGCGCAAGGUCUCAGCAUGGCAAACCGCUGCCGUGUUAUUUUUGUUGGCUGCUGCAGCACACGCAUCCCUCGGCGACAGGCUGCCAGACUUCAAGGAAUGUCUAAAGACCUGCCAGGAAGCAAACUGCGGUGAAGCUUCUACGCCCAUACCCAUCCACCGUCGAGUUCUCCUUUGGGACUGCCCCGCCGAAUGCGACUAUACAUGCCAGCACGUCGUGACCGACAAGCGCCUCGCCCGCGAUCCACCUUAUAUGCAACCAGUCUACCAAUACCAUGGCAAAUGGCCCUUCUACCGCUUCCUCGGCAUGCAAGAGCCCUUCAGUGUCAUCUUCUCCCUGUUCAACUACCUAGCCCAUAGCUGGGGCAUGACCCAGAUCCGCGAGAAGAUCCCGCCAACGUAUGCUUUACGGAAGUAUUACAUUGCGUUCGGAUACUUUGGACUGGCAAGCUGGACGUUCAGCAUGAUCUUCCAUACAAGGGACUACAAUAUUACGGAGAAAUUGGAUUACUUCGCGGCAGGCGCGCAGGUGCUGUACGGCAUGUACAUGGCGGCGAUACGGAUCUUCAGGCUUGAGAGGAGGGAGCCCAUGAGACAGAGUGUGCUGAGGGUGUGGACAACCACGUGUAUUCUACUCUAUACACUGCACGUCACAUACCUCACGCUCUGGAAGUGGGACUACACGUACAAUAUGGCUGCCAACGUCGCAGUGGGCGUGGUGCAAAACUUGCUAUGGAGCGGCUUUAGUUUUACACAUUACAGGAAGGUGGGAAGGACCUGGGCCAUGUGGCCAGGUUUUAUCGUUACGUGGAUCAUUAUGGUCAUGAGCUUGGAGCUGCUGGAUUUCCCGCCCUGGAAGGGUAUGCUAGAUGCGCAUAGCUUGUGGCAUUUGGGAACCGUGGUCCCGACAAUUUGGUGGUAUAAUUUCCUUAUCAGAGAUGCCCAGGAGGACCUUGCAGGUACGCGACUCAAGCAGCAAGAGUAG